AUCUUUUGGUAAUAGGCUUGUCUUCACUGUGCUAGUGUAGUUGGCUCAUGUCCAUAACCUUUCCAGUUUUCUGGAAAUUGCUAGAGCUGCUGACAAAAGCUUUGAAGAGCUGAGAUUCAUAUCCUAUGCAGAAAUAAAGGAUUUCUGUUCAUCUGCAGCAUCUGUCAGAGAAUUAUAGUUUUCAUUGCUAUAAAGAAGUUUGAGAUUAGCAGUUCCAUAGGUAUGCAAGUCAUCGCACCUGAAGCCUGUUUCCUUACAGAGAAGUAAGUACCUACCUCAGAGUUGUUAAAAAGAAUGAUUUAUAAACCUUCCAAGUGCUAUACAAAUGUGAGUCAUUAUUGAGCAUCCAGAUCAUCAUGAUCUUGGAUCAUCAGAGGAGUUCUUGUUUAUAUGUCACAUUAUAUUCUCAAACUUGAAAAUUCUUGAGGUGUAGUCCUGACCCAUUCUUCUAUAUCUAUGCAUUGAGUGGAUCAUAUAUUCAGGUGAUUUCCAAUGUUCCUUAAUUUAUUCUAAUUCUUUUUGUGAUUAAUUUAAAUCCUUGUCAUAAUUUAUGCCACAUCUGUACCAGCAUAACAAUGAGGUUGAGUUCAAUUAAUAGGAAGAAGAGAUAUGGUAAAAUCAUAUUUUCACAUUUGGUAAGGAGCUCAGAACUUUCAAUAAUUCCAAGCAGUUUAUUGCCACUGGCCAUUUUAUAUGCAAUAUAUAAUAAAUGUUAGUAUGUUAUAUAUACAAUCAUUCUGUUCAAAGUACACAGGCAUGUUCUACUAAACUAUUCUCUUAAAGUGGUUCACAGAACAGUAAGAGACUAGCAAUCUUUCAGUUAAUUCUACAGAUAAGGAAAAAUCACUUGCUCAAGCUCUCAAAAGUAGCUAGGUGGCUCAGUAGCUUGGCGAAUUUGAAAUAAAAAUCUGAGUUCAAAUCCAACCUGGGAGGCUUACCAUCGUUGUGGGCAAGUCACUUAAACUGUCUGCCCUAUUUUCUCAUCUGUAAAAUAGGGAUAAUGCUUUUCAGUAUUGUUGAGGUUCAAAUGAGAUAUUUGUAAUUUACUUUGCAAAUUUUAAAGUGCUAGUUAUUACUAUAAAUGCUAGUUAUUAUUAGUGACAGAUGCAAUUUGAACUUCUGGAUUCCAUAUCUCUAUCCUGAACUGACUCCAAAUCCUGUGCUUUCCCUCUGAAGCAAUACCUGGGAAUGCUUGGUUCACAAGGUCCAGGAAGGCAAGGAUCAGAUUUUAUUUAAACAGCUUCCUACUUUCGUCCACGCCUAGAAUAUUGCAGGUCCUGUCCAACUACUUCCAGGCCCUUCAGCCGCAGCAGUUUGGCAGAAGGAAGAUUGUGGAAUGAAGGAAUGAAUGAAUGAAUGAAGGGGAGCAAGCCUGGACGUUGGCCUACACCUCAGUUUCCCAGAGUGGGCUGUAUUAAAGGGGGUGGGUGGGUGCGUUGGGAUUUUAAUCUUGUCGUGGGGCACCCACCCCACGAAACUAGGAGGGGGCGAGGAGGCAGCUGGCACGGCUAAAGCUGGGCCCCUGCGCCCGCCCUCCAAGAAACAGAGGCGGUUUUCCUGAGUCACGGGGAGGGGGGAGGAGGGAGGCCAACCCUCUGGAUCGCUCGCCUGCCGGCGCCCCGACCUCAGAUAGGCGGGCCGCAAAACACGGGGUAGGGAGGAAAUUUGCCUCAGUUCACCGGGACCUGAAACAUUGCUGCCGCAGCUUUCCGACCCUGACCGAUGGGUUCCCGAUCCGCCACCAACACCCAAACCAGCAGUAGGGGAGCUACUUGCCCUCCCUUCCCGUGUCACGUGUGCCCGGAAGCGUGUGGGCGGACCCCAAACCGCCCACGGAAAUGACGUUGCUCCACCCUAGUCGCAUGAUGUGGCAAAAUGCAAAAAAAAAAAGAUGGGGGUUGGGGAGGAAAAGUGAGAGGGAGGGGAAAGUGAUGAGUCCUAGAAAAUAGUUCCUCGGGGUCUUAGGGGACUACAGCUUUAGUCGGAGCAAUAAGACCGCUUGGCUUGCGCACUGCGCUCCGAAUUCUUGCGCCCGGCCGGGCGUCGUCUUCUGGGGGAGGGGUACAUAAGGCGGAGGGAGUGCUUUGCUCUGGGUCCGGCCAAAGCUCUGCCCCAGAGAUCCUUCCGCCGGGCUCAGCCGUUUCCGGAGUCUGCGCUGCGCCCGGUUCCGCCAUUGCGGCUCUCCCAGCCCCAGGAGCCUCCGCCCCCGGCCCGAGCUUGUCCGUCCGUCCGCCUGCCUGCCCGCCAGUCCACCCCCCCCACCUGCACCCCGGAGAGCAGCCCCGCCGCGCCCGACCUUCCCCCUCCCCUUUUCCUUCUCCCCCUUGCGGAGAGCCCCGGCGGCCUCAGCCCCGCAAACCCAGUGACAGGAGGAGACAGGAGCCCCCGGCAGCGCCAUGGCCCAGAUCCUGCCUAUCCGUUUCCAGGAGCAUCUCCAGCUCCAGAAUCUGGGUAUCAACCCAGCAAAUAUUGGCUUCAGUACUUUGACUAUGGAGUCGGACAAAUUCAUCUGCAUUAGAGAAAAAGUAGGAGAGCAAGCCCAGGUGGUAAUCAUUGAUAUGAAUGAUCCAAGUAAUCCCAUUCGUCGACCAAUUUCAGCUGACAGCGCCAUCAUGAAUCCAGCUAGCAAAGUGAUUGCAUUAAAAGCUGGGAAAACACUUCAGAUAUUUAACAUUGAAAUGAAAAGUAAAAUGAAGGCUCACACCAUGACUGAUGAUGUCACCUUUUGGAAAUGGAUCUCUUUGAACACUGUUGCCCUUGUUACGGACAAUGCAGUCUAUCAUUGGAGUAUGGAAGGAGAGUCACAACCAGUGAAGAUGUUUGAUCGCCAUUCUAGUCUUGCUGGUUGCCAGAUUAUCAACUAUCGUACAGAUGCAAAGCAGAAGUGGUUACUUCUUACUGGCAUAUCUGCACAGCAAAAUCGUGUGGUGGGAGCCAUGCAACUUUAUUCUGUAGACAGAAAAGUGUCUCAGCCCAUUGAAGGACAUGCUGCUAGCUUUGCACAAUUUAAGAUGGAAGGAAAUGCUGAAGAGUCAACACUGUUUUGCUUUGCAGUAAGGGGGCAAGCUGGAGGCAAGUUACAUAUCAUUGAAGUUGGCACACCACCUACAGGGAAUCAGCCUUUUCCAAAGAAAGCAGUAGAUGUCUUCUUUCCUCCAGAAGCACAAAAUGAUUUUCCUGUGGCAAUGCAGAUCAGUGAAAAACACGAUGUGGUGUUCUUGAUUACCAAAUAUGGAUAUAUCCAUUUAUAUGACCUGGAGACUGGCACCUGCAUCUACAUGAAUAGAAUCAGUGGAGAAACCAUCUUUGUUACUGCACCUCAUGAAGCAACAGCUGGAAUUAUUGGUGUAAACAGAAAGGGACAAGUGCUGUCAGUGUGUGUGGAAGAAGAGAAUAUAAUUCCUUACAUCACCAACGUCCUACAGAAUCCUGAUCUGGCUUUGAGAAUGGCUGUGCGUAACAACUUAGCUGGAGCUGAAGAGCUUUUUGCCCGGAAAUUUAAUGCUCUCUUUGCCCAAGGAAAUUACUCAGAGGCAGCAAAAGUGGCUGCUAAUGCACCAAAGGGAAUUUUACGUACUCCAGACACCAUCCGUCGGUUCCAGAGUGUUCCAGCACAACCGGGCCAGACGUCACCUCUACUUCAGUACUUUGGAAUCCUUUUAGACCAAGGCCAACUAAAUAAAUAUGAAUCCUUAGAACUGUGUAGGCCUGUGCUUCAACAGGGACGUAAACAGCUGUUAGAGAAAUGGUUAAAAGAAGAUAAGUUGGAGUGUUCAGAAGAAUUGGGUGAUCUAGUAAAGUCUGUAGACCCAACCUUGGCACUUAGUGUGUACCUGAGGGCAAAUGUUCCAAAUAAAGUUAUCCAGUGCUUUGCAGAAACAGGCCAAGUACAGAAGAUUGUACUGUAUGCCAAGAAAGUUGGUUAUACUCCAGACUGGAUCUUUCUGUUGAGAAAUGUAAUGAGGAUCAGCCCAGAUCAAGGUCAACAGUUUGCUCAAAUGUUGGUUCAAGAUGAAGAACCACUUGCUGAUAUAACACAGAUUGUUGAUGUAUUUAUGGAAUACAACUUAAUCCAGCAGUGCACUGCAUUUUUACUAGAUGCCCUGAAGAAUAAUCGCCCAUCUGAGGGUCCCUUGCAAACACGGUUGCUUGAGAUGAACCUAAUGCAUGCUCCUCAAGUUGCAGAUGCUAUUUUAGGGAACCAGAUGUUCACGCAUUAUGACCGGGCUCAUAUCGCUCAACUCUGUGAAAAAGCUGGCCUGUUACAGCGUGCACUGGAGCACUUCACUGAUCUGUAUGAUAUUAAGCGUGCAGUUGUUCACACCCAUCUUCUGAAUCCUGAGUGGUUAGUCAAUUACUUUGGCUCCUUAUCUGUGGAAGAUUCCCUGGAGUGUCUUAGGGCUAUGCUUUCUGCCAAUAUUCGCCAAAACCUACAAAUUUGUGUCCAGGUGGCUUCCAAAUAUCAUGAACAACUCUCAACUCAGUCCCUGAUUGAACUAUUUGAAUCUUUUAAGAGUUUUGAAGGACUUUUUUAUUUCCUGGGAUCCAUUGUCAACUUCAGUCAGGACCCAGAUGUGCACUUUAAAUAUAUUCAGGCAGCCUGUAAGACUGGACAGAUCAAAGAGGUAGAGAGAAUCUGCCGAGAGAGUAACUGUUAUGAUCCAGAGAGGGUCAAGAACUUUCUCAAGGAAGCAAAACUAACAGACCAGUUACCACUCAUCAUUGUUUGUGAUCGAUUUGACUUUGUUCAUGACUUGGUGCUCUACUUAUAUAGAAAUAAUCUCCAGAAAUAUAUUGAGAUUUAUGUACAGAAGGUGAAUCCAAGUCGUCUCCCAGUAGUUAUUGGGGGAUUGCUUGAUGUUGAUUGCUCUGAAGAUGUCAUAAAGAACUUGAUUCUUGUAGUGAGAGGUCAGUUUUCUACUGAUGAACUUGUUGCUGAAGUUGAAAAGAGGAACAGAUUAAAACUUCUACUGCCUUGGCUAGAAGCCAGAAUUCAUGAGGGUUGUGAGGAGCCUGCUACUCACAAUGCACUAGCUAAAAUCUACAUUGACAGUAACAACAACCCAGAAAGAUUUCUUCGUGAAAAUCCUUAUUAUGACAGUCGUGUUGUUGGAAAAUAUUGUGAGAAGAGGGAUCCCCACUUAGCAUGUGUGGCUUAUGAACGUGGCCAGUGUGAUUUGGAACUUAUUAAUGUUUGCAAUGAAAACUCUCUCUUCAAAAGUCUUUCCCGCUAUUUGGUUCGCCGUAAGGAUCCAGAGCUUUGGGGUAGUGUUCUCCUAGAGAGCAAUCCUUAUAGGAGGCCCCUGAUUGACCAGGUUGUACAGACAGCUUUGUCUGAGACUCAAGAUCCUGAAGAGGUAUCUGUUACUGUCAAAGCUUUCAUGACUGCAGACCUUCCCAAUGAACUCAUUGAACUAUUGGAGAAAAUUGUUCUUGACAACUCAGUAUUCAGUGAACACAGGAAUCUACAAAACCUCCUUAUCCUAACUGCAAUUAAAGCUGACCGUACCCGUGUUAUGGAAUAUAUCAAUCGACUAGAUAAUUAUGAUGCUCCAGAUAUUGCUAAUAUUGCCAUCAGCAAUGAGUUGUUUGAGGAGGCAUUUGCCAUUUUCAGGAAAUUUGAUGUUAAUACUUCAGCUGUACAGGUCUUGAUUGAACACAUUGGAAACCUGGAUCGUGCAUAUGAAUUUGCUGAACGCUGCAAUGAACCUGCAGUAUGGAGUCAGCUUGCAAAGGCUCAGUUGCAGAAAGGGAUGGUGAAAGAAGCUAUUGAUUCCUAUAUCAAAGCGGAUGACCCUUCAUCUUACAUGGAAGUUGUUCAGGCUGCCAAUACUAGUGGCAACUGGGAAGAACUGGUUAAGUACUUGCAAAUGGCUCGCAAGAAGGCUCGUGAAUCUUAUGUAGAGACAGAACUGAUUUUUGCUCUAGCUAAAACCAAUCGCCUUGCAGAGCUGGAGGAAUUCAUCAAUGGGCCAAAUAAUGCCCAUAUUCAACAAGUUGGGGACCGUUGUUAUGAUGAGAAAAUGUAUGAUGCUGCUAAAUUGUUAUACAACAAUGUUUCCAACUUUGGUCGCUUGGCAUCUACCCUAGUUCACUUGGGUGAAUAUCAGGCAGCUGUUGAUGGGGCCCGGAAAGCUAACAGCACUAGAACGUGGAAGGAGGUCUGCUUUGCCUGUGUAGAUGGGAAAGAGUUCCGCUUGGCCCAAAUGUGUGGGCUUCAUAUUGUAGUUCAUGCAGAUGAGCUGGAGGAGCUCAUAAACUACUACCAGGAUCGAGGAUACUUUGAAGAACUGAUCACCAUGUUGGAAGCAGCACUCGGACUUGAGCGAGCCCACAUGGGAAUGUUUACUGAAUUAGCAAUUCUCUACUCAAAAUUCAAGCCACAGAAAAUGAGGGAGCAUUUGGAGUUGUUCUGGUCCAGAGUUAAUAUUCCAAAGGUGCUAAGGGCUGCAGAACAAGCACAUCUUUGGGCAGAGCUGGUAUUUUUAUACGAUAAAUAUGAAGAAUAUGACAAUGCCAUAAUUACUAUGAUGAAUCAUCCAACAGAUGCCUGGAAAGAAGGACAGUUUAAGGAUAUUAUUACCAAGGUAGCCAAUGUGGAACUAUAUUAUAGAGCAAUACAAUUCUAUUUAGAAUUCAAACCUCUACUACUAAAUGACCUGCUGAUGGUACUGUCUCCAAGGUUGGAUCACACUCGUGCUGUCAACUAUUUCAGUAAGGUUAAACAACUUCCAUUGGUUAAACCAUACCUACGCUCUGUUCAAAACCAUAACAACAAGUCAGUGAAUGAAUCAUUGAAUAACCUCUUCAUUACGGAAGAAGAUUACCAGGCACUAAGAACAUCAAUAGAUGCAUAUGACAAUUUCGAUAAUAUCUCUCUUGCUCAACGUUUGGAGAAACAUGAGCUUAUUGAAUUUAGAAGAAUUGCUGCAUAUCUCUUCAAAGGCAACAAUCGCUGGAAACAGAGUGUAGAGCUAUGCAAAAAAGACCGACUUUAUAAGGAUGCAAUGCAGUAUGCCUCUGAAUCAAAAGAUACAGAGUUGGCAGAAGAGCUGCUACAGUGGUUUUUGCAGGAAGAAAAGAGAGAAUGCUUUGGAGCUUGUCUCUUCACUUGUUAUGAUCUUUUAAGGCCAGAUGUUGUCUUGGAAACUGCGUGGAGGCACAAUAUUAUGGACUUUGCCAUGCCCUAUUUUAUCCAGGUCAUGAAGGAAUACUUGUCCAAGGUUGAUGCAAUAAAGGAAAAGGUGGAUAAACUGGAUGCUUCAGAAUCCCUGAGAAAAGAAGAGGAGCAGGCUACAGAAACACAACCUAUCGUUUAUGGUCAACCACAGUUGAUGUUGACAGCGGGACCCAGCGUAGCAGUUCCUCCCCAAGCACCUUUUGGCUAUGGCUAUACUGCGCCCCCCUAUGGUCAGCCACAACCUGGCUUUGGGUACAGCAUGUGAGGUGGAAAACGGAUCCUGGAGCUGGCUGUCUUCUUACUGAAACUCCACUGUCCCUACCCACCUCUCAGUUCAUAACAGGGAAAAAAGCAACAGAGUUUUGCUUCGUGUUCUUGUAACCUUUGUUUCAUGAAGGACUUUUUUUUUCCUAGAGCAAACUUGGAUCACCUAUGUUUGAACCUUUAUUUCACAUUCCACAUCAUCUUAGAAUUUAUUUUCAAAGGGGAAUAGUUUAAAUGUUUGUUUAUGUGGGCUUUUUUCCUCCCCCUCCUCCUUUACAGAACUGCUUAACAUUCAGUCUGUUGUGAAGAACCUGAUUUGCACUCUGUAGUGUUUAUAAAAAAAAAAAACAGAAACAAACUCUAAUAUCAAAUCUCUUAAAUUCAAUGUAUGCAAGCAGCUUAAAAUAUGUACUGUCUAAAUGCAUUUGUCUUGUAUAUUCAAAGAAAAGCUAAAGCAAAAAUGGGUAUUUGACCAUUCAGGACUGCCAGUGACAACAAAGACAACACUAAUCAGCAUCUCCUACACUGGUUGGAUCGCAUAGCUCUUCAAAUUACUUUAAAAUGCAUACAGACAACUUUGCCUGAUAUUUUAAAAUGAGCAUAUUCAAAGGCCCUCUAACCUAUGCAGGUUUAAAGUUACACAUAUAGAAAUGCUAGUGUGUUUUGCUCACUCCACAUGUAACAGAUGCCCUUAUGUUGUGCUGUAUCCUGUGCUUUUUUUGUGGGACCAUUCCAUUCAGGAACAAAGAGCACCAUGAUUCCAAUCCAUGUGUAUUUACUAACCCUUCCCUGAGGUUUGUGUAUGUUGGAUAUUGUGGUGUUUUAGAUCACUGAGUGUACAGAAGAGAGAAUUCAAACAAAAUAUUGCUGUUCAGUUUUGGUUGUGCAAUUUGAAAUUACUCAAAUUUAAAAUAAAUUACUGGACUGUGGACA